CCCGCCCGGCCCGCUGGGAGGCCCGGGCUCCGUCCCCACCGGGGCUGGGGUGCGGCCCCCCGCUGGGCGGGCCCCUGCCUCCCCCGGGUCUCUCCAGGCGGUGGUGACUCGGGACUCUCCCAACUGGGGAGGACACGACACCCCAAGAGCCCCCGGUGCACAGUCCUGGCUGGGAUUCGGUGCCCAGUGAUGCUCCCGGCCCCGGUUUUUCCAUCCAUAACCUAAAAAUUUUAGGAUUUUCUCACUUUGUAGCAGGAUCUCUCCUAAAAUCCCCUCGGGGGGGUCCCGGCUGAUGUUACCAGGCCCCCACCCCGGCUCGGCAGCACCCGGUUCCAGCUCCUCUCCCUCCCUGGCACAUCAGCAGGGCCCCGGUGUCCCGGUUUCCCUGGGGGAGAAGAUGCCGCCACCCUGACCCGGGCCUCACCCUGAGUCCUCCCACGCGCCGCUGACCUGCCCUGCCUGCUCUGCCCGUUACCUGCCCGCCUUCUGUUUGCGGCACGGCCAUCCCGUCCCGGUUAAGCGGGAAUCGGGGCACGCUCCUGCCUUGGCUUGCGAAACCAGCCCCGGCGGUUCCUCUUUCCACUCUCCGCUGGAGCGAAGCUGGCUUGUCCUUUGCCUAAAUCUCUGCUCUGCAUUGGGGAUUUGCCUCCCAGGGGACGGGGACCCCCCACCGCCCCCGCCCCCCAUCCCAGCCCCUUGGAGCCCGGGCUCAGCUCCCCACGGUGGGAAGGGGAAAACCGGCUUGUGCCCAAUGCCAGGAGGUGCCAACGUGGAAGGGAAGGAAGAGCUGGGAUGCGCUGACCCCACGGUGGGGGCGGCUUCCCCGCACAGCAACGGUGACGGUGACAGCGCUGGGCUGCUUCUCCCUCCCUGUGCCCGCCUUGGUGCCCGUCGGGAGCCUUUUUAAGGCACAAAGGUGCUCAUUGUGCCGCUGGCAAAUCCCUAAUCCUGCACCGCACAGCUGCCUUGGUCUGGUUGACCAGCCAAGGGGUGGCAGUGGGCUCUGUGCCUCGGUUUACCCCCGCUGGUGUUGGGCUGUGUGCCCGGGAUCAGCCCUGGGUUGCGGACACAGUGCUCAGGAGAGAAACCAUGUCAGGGGGCUUCCCCCCCCUCCUCUUUAUCCCGCCGCGAUCCCGGGGUUGUGCCCGUCCCCGGCUGAUGCCAUGCCGUGCGAUGCUGUCAGGGAACCAGGGUGGGGAAGUCCCGGAGACUGGGAACCCGGUUCCUCCCUCCCACCAGUGCCAAGGAUCCAUCCUGCCAGUUGGAAGCGAAAGCCAGCCUCGGUUAAUCAUCACCCGCUGACCUCUCCGCUGCAGGGAGCAAAGUCCCUCUCUGCCGGAGCUGAGCACCUGGCUGCUCCGUGCGGCACAAGGGGGAUUUCACCAGUCUGCAGACCCUCCCCAGCGGGUGGCUGGGCUGGGGGCUCCGCCGGGAGCUGAGCAUGUUUCAGACCUUGUACAGCUAUUUUUGGUGGGAACGGCUCUGGCUCCCAGCAAACCUUACCUGGGCCGACCUGGAGGACCGGGAUGGACGAGUCUAUGCCAAAGCCUCCGAUCUCUACAUCACCCUCCCCUUGGCCUUCCUCUUCCUUGUCAUCCGGCACCUCUUUGAGACGUACGUGGCCACUCCACUGGCUGGGCUACUGAACGUCAAGGAGAAGAUCAGGUUAAAAGCCACCCCCAAUGCCGUGCUGGAGAAAUUUUACGCUGCCACCACCAAACACCCCAAGCAGGCCGACGUGGAGAUGCUUUCGAAGAAGAGCGGCUGCACAGUGCGGCAGGUGGAGCGCUGGUUUCGUCGCCGCCGCAACCAAGACCGGCCCAGCCUGCUCAAGAAGUUCAGGGAGGCCAGUUGGCGAUUCACGUUUUACCUUAUUGCUUUCAUUGCUGGCAUGGCUGUCAUAGUGGAUAAACCCUGGUUCUAUGACCUCCGGGAGGUGUGGAAGGGAUACCCCAUCCAGAGCAUGCUGCCCUCCCAGUACUGGUACUACAUGAUUGAGCUCUCCUUCUACUGGUCCCUGCUCUUCAGCAUCGCCUCUGAUGUCAAGCGCAAGGACUUCAAAGAGCAAAUCAUCCACCAUGUUGCCACCAUCAUUCUCAUCAGCUUCUCCUGGUUCGCCAACUACAUCCGUGCAGGGACGCUCAUCAUGGCCCUGCAUGACUCGUCGGACUAUCUGCUGGAGUCCGCCAAGAUGUUUAACUACGCCGGCUGGAGAAACACCUGCAACAACAUCUUCAUUGUCUUCGCUGCCGUCUUCAUUGUCACCCGCCUGAUCAUCCUGCCCUUUUGGAUCAUGCACUGCACAGUGGUUUAUCCGCUGGAUCUCUACCCUGCCUUCUUCGGCUACUACUUUUUCAACUUCAUGAUGGUGGUGCUGCAGUCGCUGCACAUCUUCUGGGCCUACCUCAUCAUCCGCAUGGCCCAGAAGUUCAUAACUGGAAAGGUGGUGGAGGACGAGAGGAGUGACCGUGAAGAGACGGACAACUCGGAGGAGGAGGAGGAGGCAGCGAAGAACGGUCCCCUCUCCAACGGCCACCCUGUCCUCAACAACAACCACCGCAAAACCGACUGAGUGCCCUCGCCCUGUCUCUGCGCUGGCAGGGGCAGCCAGGGGCCCCGCUGGAGGCCAAACCCGUGAGAUGACAAAUCCCACCAAUGCCACCCUCACGUAGCGCCAAGGUCCCCGUUCCCUCCAUCCUCUCCCCUCCCUGGUCCAGCGGAGCAAACCGGGACCCCGGAGAGUCCGUCCCAGCCCCCUCCGUCACCUCCUCCGGAGAGGAGCCACGGCUCUGGGGGUGGCAACGGUUGCUGCUUCUCCACCUCAUGCUCACUGUUGGUGCCCUUUCUGCCUUUCACCUGCUGCCUUAAUCCACCGCGGUGCCCUGGGACAGGCAGAGCGAGGAUGGCUCCCGCCAGCAUCCCUCUGGGACGGCUCAUUCCCCUCCUCACAGCCCCCUCUGAUCCGCUGUGGCUGGAGAGCUUGGCUCUAGCCCCUCGCCAGGCUCCAGCCCUGUGUUAUUCCCCCCUGUUCCCGACCAUCCCUUUGCCAGAGGGGAGCGUGUCCUGCAGUGGCCUCUUCAAACACCGGGAAAAAGCCUUUUCCCCGACCCCGGUCUGGCUUCACUGCCGGCACCAAGUGAGGGAGGGCAGUGGAAAAGCUGAAAAGCUGGCGCAGUCCCUGCUCUGCCGCCCUCGGGAGGGCUGGGAGGGAGGAGCGGAUGAAGUCCUGGGUGUUUUAGUGGCUGAAUGAUGAGAUGACACUAUGGAAGUACUCGGGGAAGGAAGCUGCGGGGUUUAGUCACUACUAGUGUCUCACGGAGAAGUUUAAUCCCCUCAUUUCUCUUCUGUAAAUGGGUUUCAAGUCUCUCCCUCUCUGUGGCCUCUCCCGGUCCCUUCCCCAGCUGUAACAGGACAAAUUUGCAUCUGAUUUUUUUUGUUUGUUUCUAUUUAUUUGGAAGACAGAAAGAGCCGGGCUUGGCUCUGCCUCCUGCAUCCACCCGGGAUGCAGUGAGUCGUCCCAGGGCGGAGGGGUGGGGGAAAAGGACCAUUAACCAAUGUCAGACCAAAAUGUGUUUUGUUGUUUUUGUUUUUUAAAAAAAAAUAAAAGGUUAAAUAUAUUAAAAGUUUAAAAAAACUAAUAAACUUCGGUAUAAAAAAUAAA